AAACAACUUUUCCAAUUUUUCAGUUCCGAUCUGCUGCCAUUGACUAGGAAGAUCUUCAAGCUUCAAAACUCUAUAAUCGGAUCUUUUAUUCCUUGUGGAGAUAUGGAUGGAGAUGGUUCUAGCUUUGAGCAGUGUUACCGUUGUUAUCCUGUCACAUUCAUUGACAAGGCACAUCUUGAGAAGGGUGACAAAAGUAAAUUACUACUCUCUUCCCUUAGUCUCUAUAGAUAGUUUCUUUAUGAUAUAUAUCUCUGAGAAGACUUGUGAUCUCUGCAGUUAUCAUGCCUCCUUCCGCUCUCGAUCGUCUUGCUUCUUUGCAUAUUGAAUACCCAAUGCUGUUUCAACUGAGUAAUGUUUCUGUUGAGAAGACCUCACAUUGUGGUGUACUAGAAUUCACUGCAGACGAAGGCCUAGUUUACUUGCCAUAUUGGAUGAUGCAAAACAUGUCUCUUGAAGAGGGAGACGUUAUGCAAGUUAAGAAUAUCAGCUUGGUAAAAGGGACUUACAUCAAGCUGCAGCCUCACACUCAAGAUUUCUUGGAUAUUUCCAACCCAAAAGCCAUCUUGGAGACUACGCUUAGGAGUUACUCUUGCUUAACCACGGGUGAUACAAUUAUGGUUCCGUAUAACAACAAGCAAUAUUACAUCAAUGUGGUUGAGGCAAAACCUUCUUCAGCUGUGAGUAUUAUCGAAACGGAUUGUGAGGUUGAUUUUGCUCCUCCUCUUGAUUACAAAGAACCUGAGAAGCCACAGAAGUUGACUCCUUCAAACAAACGACCUCUCCAAGUUAAAGAAGAAGAAGAACCUGCAAGCAAAGUUCCCAAAUUCACGCCGUUCACUGGAUCAGGAAAACGUUUAGAUGGAAAAGCACAAACACAAACUGAACCAGAAGAUACAAAACAGCAAGAAAAGCCGACUGAGAAUGGGAAAGACGAUGAGAAGUUGUCAGUCACUACACCAAGGCAAAUAUCAGGAAAGCUCGUCUUUGGUUCAAACAGCAAAUCAGCUGCAAAAGAAACAGCGAAAGUUGAUGAUCCAAAGAACAUUGUGCAAGAGAGCUCAACAAAAUCCGAUGAAGCUAAGUUCAAAGUGUUCACAGGGAAGAAAUACUCACUCAAUGGUUAAAAACGGUUCUGCUGAAGAUAUUUAUCUUUUUAAGCAUUUAUACAUUCUCUCGUCAAUAUAUUGGAUGGAACCUAAGCGACAAUGACCCUAAGGAUAACACAGAUGUGUCUGAAAGCUUGAUUCUUUAACUUAGAUGUGUCGAACUAUAGGUUAUUGAUAUGAUCCUAUCUUAAUAUGUUUUGGAGACAAAGUGAACAAAAAUCAGAAAUUUCAAUCAGGGAAUAUACUUUUGUCGAUUGAUUAUACACAGCUUUCUCAUUCAUC